CUUUUCUUCAAUUUAAUUAAGCAACUUACUUCCUUCCCAAACCUCCUUGAACUGAUGAGAAGGCUCAUUGCUCAGCUUGUCUUUAAAUCUCGAAGUGCAAUUGUCCAAGAAAUUGCUUGAAGAUUUCAUAAAGAAAAUCUACAUAGAAAAACUAGAAAUGGCCAAAAGAACAAGUGCAAUGAAUUUAGCAUUCAUUUUAAUAUUAUUGUGUGCCCCAAUUAGCAUGUUUAUAUGUAUGGGAGAAUGGGAGCCAACUUGGAGCACAAGAGCUGCAGAAGAAGCUGAGGCUGUGGCAGCCAUACCAUGUUCAGGACAUGGAAGAGCCUACUUAGAUGGUCUUAUUCUUAAAGGGCAUGAACAUGUACAUGUUUGUGAGUGCAAUUCAUGCAAUGGUGGAUCUGAUUGCUUCAAGUUUUUAUCAGAUUGUAUUGCCAACGCUUCAAGUGGGGACCCAUAUUUUUUGGAGCCAUUUUGGAUGCGACAUGCAGCAAGUAGCGCAAUUUUAGUAUCAGGGUGGCACAGAAUGAGCUAUUCUUAUAGUGAUGGAUCAUACAUUUCAGAAGUAUUGGUUAAGUACAUCCAAAAAGUUCAUAGCAUCGUUGGAAAUGCAAUCACUAAAGGAAGGUACUUCAUAUUUGGAAGUGGCUCAACGCAACUAUUCAAUGCUGCUGUUUAUGCCUUGUCUCUCAACUCUUCAGUGUCUCCAGCAAAAGUGGUAGCCACGACCCCAUAUUACCCACUCUAUAGAACACAAACCCAACUCUUUAAUUCUAGGGAUUUUAGUUAUGAAGGAGACACGUCCUUGUGGAAAAACAACACAGAUAGCAACUCUAGAUUUAUUGAGUUUGUGACUUCACCGAACAAUCCAGAUGGAAAGUUGACUAAGAGAGUUCUUGAAGGUCCUAAUGUAAAAACCAUUUAUGAUCGAGCCUAUUAUUGGCCACAUUUCACUGCUAUUCCUUCACCAGCUGAUGAAGAUCUUAUGCUGUUUACAAUUUCCAAGCUCACAGGCCAUGCUGGGAGUAGAUUUGGAUGGGCAAUAAUAAAGGACGAGGCAGUAUAUCAAAAGAUGUUGAUAUAUCUGCAAUUGAACACCAUUGGAGUUUCCCGUGACGUUCAGCUGAGAGCAUUAAAACUUUUGGACGUGAUUGUUGAAGGAGAUGGAAAAGAAAUAUUCCAAUUUGCAUAUUCAACCAUGAGAGAUCGUUGGAUAAGGUUGAAACAAGUCAUAUCUGAAUCAAAGCGGUUUUCUCUACAGAAACUGUCUCCCCAAUACUGUACCUUUUUCAAGAGGGUCAGAGAUCCUUCACCAGCUUACGCUUGGUUAAAGUGUGAGAGACAAGAAGAGAGUAAUUGCUAUGAAAUCCUUGAAGCUGCUGGCAUCAUUGGCCGUGAAGGAAGUGACUAUAGUGCAGAUAAUCGUUACCUGCGUCUCAGUCUCAUUAAGAGCCAAGAUGAUUUUGAAAUACUAAUAAAUAAGUUCAAAAGCCUUGUUGCUAAGGAAAUGGAAACCCAACCUACUAUAAUAAGGUCGGCCUAAUUCUAAGGUUUUUGAGUAGUUUGCAUUAGCUAUCUUAGUUAAAAUAGGAAUGCGAACCCAAAUAAAGUUCACAAUCAGUUUCAUAUGUUAUCAAAAUAACUAGCUAGUAUAUGUCUUGGGGGAAAUUUCGAUAAGAAUCAAAGAAGGUAUGCCAAAAGGCUUAAUGAACAAAGGCUGAUGGCAUAUUUUUUAGAAAAUGGUUGUGUAAUGUUAAAUACGAUCCUAGAUAAGUUUGUUAUUAUUAUUGAACAACAUUAAAUAAAGAGCAUGAGAUAUUUGAUUAA